AUGUUUGACCUUUUUCCUAUGCUCUUAUCUUCUGUCGCUUCAUUUCUGUUUCCCAUCUUUGCAUCUUAUAAAGCGCUCAACUCUCAUGAUCCCGCCCAGCUUACGCCAUGGUUGAUGUACUGGGUUGUCCUCAGCUGCUGUCUCCUUGCUGAGUCUUGGGUCUGGUUUAUCAUCUCAUGGAUUCCAUUCUAUGGUUAUUUCCGUCUAAUGUUCCUCCUCUACCUCAUCCUCCCCCAAACCCAAGGCGCCAAGUUCCUGUACGAGGAAUACGUACACCCCUACCUUGAGAAGAACGAGACGCAGAUCGACGACUUCAUCGCAAGCGCACAUGAGCGCUUGACUGCUGCCGGAAUAUCUUACCUCAAGCUCGCCAUCGAGCAGUUCAGAGUCAAGGUCCUGGGUCUGCCACCCUCCGAGCCCGAGUCGCCUCCUCCCGAGACAAACCAGGGUUACACACAGUCCCUUCUCUCACGAUUCAACGUCCCCGGCUCGCGAUGGGCCGCCAACAACAGCGGUAAUGCCGGCACCGACUUUUACAGCCUGCUUUCCAGCGCUGUAGCUGCUGCUACCAGUGCAGGUGCUGCCACCGGUGGAAGUGGUCAAUCAGCCGGUACCAGGACGAUGGGCGGAGAACCUAGAAACCCCGAGGCAUUGAUCCCCCCGCAUCUGCGCGAGUCUGGUGCAAGGAUGGACUUUAUCUCCACACAGCGCGACCGUUUGAAUGUUCUUCUUUCCGCACUCGAUCGCGAAGCACAAGAUCUCCGCUCCGAAGCUUCGCGCGCUCAAGCAAACACAGGACCUCGCCGCGAUCCCAUGGCGUACGGAGGCUACGAUAACAACGACGACGAAGAACCUACCCAGCGACCACCUAGUGGACUGAGCGGGUGGAGUGGUAUCAGCAAGAGUCGCAGCGAGACCGAUUUCGAGAGAAUUGAUGCUGAUACUAGUUCGGAUGAGGACCAUCAGAUGCGCAGGAGAAACAUGGGUGCUGGUCAGAGGAACACAUCAGGUUCGUGGGUUCCCUGGGGCUGGGGCGGUGAUGCAGCACAGGGAGGCGCCAGCUCGACUGGAAGAGAAAGAUAG